AUGUCCGAGUGUGUGAUGCUCCAGUGUACAGUGUUCACGCCUCCAAAGUGCCGCCGCCAGCCUCAGCACUUUAUCAUCCACUCACACUCACCCAACGUCACCCAGGGGCCCGCGCUGUCACCCACGGCAACACACACGAGUGACAGUCCAAGAACAUGGCACCCUCCCGUCACCAGUCCACCAUCACCGCUACAGGCAUCGUGUCGGGAAACCUUUCUAACGCUCCACUUGGAUGAAAUAAAAAAGGCAGAGCUGUUUUUAGACGACUCCUCGGCUUUGCUCACAGAUAGCCCCAAAGAGCGCUGCAAGAGGCCCAGACUAAUCUGGAAAUUAAACCGUUUGUGGCUGAAGCAGGAGCACCUCGGCAUUAGCGCUGGAUGGAUGGUGCGGUGUGCGUAA